CUGAUUACAGUUAAGCAACUCUGCUCUGAUAAUGCUCACAGCUGAGUCGGAGUUCCCAUCAAAGCAGUUGCGACAAGCGACGAGUCGCUGCUUUGCCCAUAUCAAUUAGCGGUUAACUUGCGCCAAUUAAAUUCUGUACUGUGACGGCAAAGUGCUGCAGGCCAUUAGCAGCACUGGCUUUGCCACCAUUAUCCAGUCUCCAAUCAUUUACCACCAUCACCACCGCCACCUUCACCGUCACCAGAUUUCGUCGUCAUCCCUCUGCGCUGAGUUUGGCAAAACAAUCACAGCGUCACUUGCCAAGGUGAUAACAAGCAGAUGCAGGCGCCAAGAACCCAACAUCGAUUUGGAAAGCUGCGAUUCUUAAAUCAGUCACAAAACAUCAGCGACACUCGGAAGAAGGUGCUUCAAGUGCUGCCUUAAAUCCAAUUCCAAAUAAAAAUACAAAAUUCAAUUGGAAAAACCUGCAAGUGGCGAAGUGAGUGGAACGUAAAUUGCACAACGUGCUAGCAUUGGUAAUGCUGCCAUUGACAUUGGUGCUCUUGCUGCUGCUGCGGCUCGAUGGAAUGUUGCAGGCACUGCAGCUCAGCGAAGAGCAACGGCAACAACAACACACCACAGCCAACGUCGAGUCCAUGGCCGAGCUGAUCAGCAGUGACUACGAUUCACUGCUGCCGGAUGGAGAUGCCUACAAUGCGUUGAUCAAUGAGGAUUUUCUGCUGCCCACGCAUAACAAACAAAGUCAGUUGGCCGCCUUGGCUGCACAACGUGCGCGGCGUUGUCUGCCUUAUCGCUAUGGGAAUGGAGAGUCGCUGGAUCUGGAGGAGCGCAGCAUAUUGAUGAAGGAUGCACGCACCUCGUUUCUGCCGCACAGCAGCGGAGUUGUGGCCAUGCCUAGGGAGUGUCUUGAAGAUGAAGCAGUCACAGAACUGGAUUAUAAUCCAAGGAAAGCGCUGCCCAAACGUUUUCCGGACUCGCUGCAAUUUUGGUCGGUGAGGGAACGUCGUGAGGCGGAGCAGCAACGGGAAGAAUUAGAGCAACCGGACUCCACGCUGACGGAGCCUGCUUUACCUUCAUUUUGGAAUGAGCAAGGCACCAGGAAUGACAUACGCUUAGCUCAAGCGAAGACAAUGCAACGCUAUAUGAAUGCACAAAUUGAUCCGUGCGUGGACUUUUAUAAAUAUGCUUGUGGCAAUUGGGAGAAGUUGCAUCCCAUACCCAAGGAUAAGGCGGGCUUUGAUACCUUUGAAAUGCUGCGCGAAAGUCUUGAUUUGGUGCUGCGCAAUCUGCUCGAGAAGAAUAUGCAGCUGCCCAGCGCCGAGACGCGAGUGCAGAACACGCUCUUCAAGCCGGAACCGGAAGCGGAGCAAGCAGCCGAACUAACAGCCGAGCGGCUGCGUCGCCAUAUUGUGCGUCGACGCCAUCUGCUGAAUCGUGUUUUGGUGCGCUACAAACGCUUCAGUAAUAAUACGAAGCACAAACGUUUAAUUGAGCCGGCACGUGAAAAAUCACAGGAAGAGCAAGCGGCAGCGGUGAUUGCCACCAGCAACAAGGAACAGGAUAAGAACGACAAGACACUUAAGGAGAAGGAACCGCUGCCGGUGGCCACCAGCGAGUUUCUGAAACCCAAACACGAUGCACGACUCAAGGCCAAGAAUCUCUACAAAUCCUGUGUGAAUAGCGAGUUACUUACGCGUCGUGGUCUCGAACCUCUGCAGACUCUCAUUCGUCAACUGGGCGGUUGGCCAGUUCUCGAUCCGGAAUGGCGCAGCACACACUUCAAUUGGCAGCAGUUGGCGGCCACGUUACGACGCUACAACAACGAUAUACUCAUUGUGCAGUGGGUGGGAGCGGAUAUCAAGAACUCAGAGGAGAACAUCAUACAGUUUGAUCAAACUGGAUUGGGGUUGCCCACCCGAGAGUAUUUCCUGCAGCAGAACAAUGCCAAGUACCUGCAUGCCUAUCAGCGUUACAUGUCGGAGGUGAUGCAGAAACUUGGCGCCAGCAAACCGGAUGCGAUGCGCACCGCCACCGAACUGAUUGCCUUUGAGACGCGACUGGCGGCGAUUACAGCACCAGCGGAGCAGCGACUCAAUGUAACCAAGCUCUACAAACGCAUGACUCUGCAGCAGCUUCGAGCAGCCGUGCCUCAAAUUGGUUGGACCGCUUACCUCAGCACAUUGCAAGGACGCAAUGUCAAUGAUACCGAGCAAGUGGUCAUCUAUGCGGUGGACUACAUGAAGCAAUUGGUGGCACUGCUGGCGGUGACCGAACCUCGCACCGUGGCCAACUAUAUGAUGUGGCGUUUUGUGCGGCAUCGCAUCAACAACUUGGACGAUCGCUUCGACGACAUCAAGCAGAAUUUCUAUCAUGCGUUGUUCGGACGCGAGGAGAGUCCACAACGCUGGAAGGUGUGCAUAUCCCAGGUGAAUACAAACAUGGGCAUGGCGGUGGGUUCCAUGUUUGUGAGUCGCUACUUCGAUGACAAUAGCAAACGGGAUACGUUGCGUAUGACACACGAAUUGCAGCAAGCUUUUCGUGAUAUACUCAAAACCACCGAUUGGUUGGAUCAGAGCACCAAGCAGUUGGCUGAGGAAAAGGUGAAUGCCAUGUCACUGAAAAUUGGCUACCCGGACUUCAUACUCAAUGCCGAGGAGCUGAAUGAAAAGUAUGCGGGCAUUGACAUACACCCGGAUAAGUAUUUCGAGAACACACUCAAUGUGCUGCUCCACACAGCGAAGCAGGAGCAAUCGAAGCUGCAUGAGCGUGUGAACAAGACCAACUGGCAGACUGCGCCGGCCAUUGUGAAUGCCUACUACAGUCGCAAUAAGAAUCAAAUUAUGUUCCCGGCUGGAAUACUCCAGCCACCGUUCUAUCACCGGCACUUUCCCAAGUCAUUGAACUUUGGCGGCAUCGGUGUGGUCAUUGGCCAUGAGCUAACCCAUGGCUUUGACGACAAGGGGCGACUGUUCGACAGCAAUGGCAACAUACACAAGUGGUGGACAGAUGCGUCCAUUCAUGGCUUUGAUGAGCGUGCUCGCUGCAUCAUUUCACAGUACGGCAAUUAUACGGUCGAUGAGGUGGGCAUCUCCUUGAAUGGCGAGAGCACGCAAGGUGAAAAUAUCGCAGACAAUGGUGGACUCCGACAGGCAUUCCAUGCCUACAAGCGUUGGGCGCACGACAAUCCGCAAGAGGCGCUGGAGGACACGCUACCCGGACUCAAUAUGACGGGCCCACAGUUGUUCUUUUUGAAUUUCGGCCAGGUGUGGUGCGGUGCCAUGCGACCGGAGGCGAUACGCAACAAACUGAAUACGGCCAUCCAUAGUCCGGGUCGCUAUCGCGUGAUUGGCACGCUCUCCAACUCCUUUGACUUUGCGCGGGAGUUUAACUGUGCGGCGGGCACACCGAUGAAUCCUCCAAAGAAAUGCAGUGUAUGGUAGAGAGUUUUGCGCUGCAUUCGGCAUUACCUAGAGUAUUAGAAAUGUAUUCCUACGCAAAGAAAAUACCAGUUAAAGACUAACACUAACUUUUCGGAUUGUUAAUGUUGGUCCUUAAGCAGCAGCCCAUGAAAAAGUAACUUGCCACUCAGCUAAACAGGACAUACUCAAAGAUAUAUCACACAAUAUAUAGAAUUAUAUAUAUAUAUUGCGAUGUGACAAAACUGUGCCAAAAAAUAAUUUGUAUGCUUUCUAAUUUUAUAUAUUUCCUAGUAUAAUUAACUUAUAUUUUUAAACUUGUAUUAAUUUAGUUGAAACUGUAAGUAAUGUUUGUGAUAAUUUCAAUUAAAGACAAGCAACCAAAAAAAAGUAUUU